AUGCUCAGUCUAUACAAAAUCAAAGGCGAUUUAAAUACAGUCAUACCGAAUGCAGACCAAGUUCAUUUCUGGGGGUACAUAAAAACCAAUGAAACGUCUGUGUUCUGUAAAAUAGAUGGGAUAGUGAUGAGCCGAUGCUUUGUUUCUGGUAAAUGGUCAAAUGGUCAGAAUAUGUGCUCUCUGGCACUUGUUCCUACUCGGAAAAUUCAGAACGCGUUGCUAGAGGAUAUGCUGUAUACGAUAGAUGGAAACGUUACGUCUGAACCAACUGGAGGACUAUUCAAUUUCAACUUUGGUCCAAAUGACGCAAGGAUUGCCAGAGGAGAUCCAAAGGAAACGUGGCACAAGGUGAAUAAUCAUGGUGAACUGUUGAAAGCCAGGUACAUCUUAGACAAUGAUCACAUAAGAAUUCCACCUGGAACGAUUCUCAAAGAAGGAGAUAGGGUAAACUUCUACGGAAGCCUUGAAGGAGUUGAUGAAUUUUUGGGCCUUAUCAUUGUUCAAGCACCUGGCGCCAGGGCUUCGGAUUGCCCACCUCAUGAUCUCCUAAGUUCUGCCAUCAGUUUAACCACUCAUCUCUUUGAAACAUCUUCGCCACCGAACCAAAUCAGCCCACAUUCCAAGGGGAAACCCAUCACUCUUAACCAUUCGGAUUACAGCAAUACACAUUCUCUCCAUCCUGAGGCUGCCAACGCUCCUGACCAACCCGACUGCCUGCACAAUACAGCGAAAACAACCGAACCUGAAGCUCGAAAACAACACUUCAAUCCGGGGAUAUCAAAUGGGCCUGGCUUUAACUUUGCCUCGCGAAAAACCAACUUGGAAAAGCGUGAACUAUUAUCAGUCCAAAUGCGGAAAAGAAUUAGAAAGGAUCUUGCUGCCUGGAGUUCGAAGCACGAGGGAAGUAAAGGUGCAAUUGCCUCUCAGGCAAGUAGAUCAGAAUGGUUGCCAAAGACGAAGAAGAGAAAGCUGACAUUCUCAUCCCUUUCUCAGGAUUGUCUUUGUGAAAACCAAGAAGCUCGUUCAAUGAAGUUCCUUGAUGAAGCAGUCAAUCACAAAGCCCAGGUGAAGCCCCCUUGA